AUGAGCUCUUAUUUCGUCAACUCACUGUUCUCCAAAUACAAAACCGGGGAGUCCCUGCGCCCCAAUUAUUAUGACUGCGGCUUCGCCCAGGACCUGGGCGGCCGACCCACCGUGGUGUACGGUCCCAGCAGCGGCGGCAGCUUCCAGCACCCGUCGCAAAUCCAGGAGUUCUACCACGGGCCGUCGUCGCUGUCCACGGCUCCCUAUCAGCAGAACCCGUGCGCCGUGGCGUGCCACGGGGACCCGGGCAACUUCUACGGCUACGACCCGCUGCAGCGGCAGAGCCUGUUCGGUGCGCAGGAUCCAGACCUGGUGCAGUACGCAGACUGCAAGCUCGCCGCCGCCAGCGGCCUGGGGGAGGAGGCCGAGGGGUCCGAGCAGAGCCCGUCGCCCACACAGCUCUUCCCCUGGAUGCGCCCGCAAGCAGCCGCCGGACGCAGGCGAGGCCGACAGACCUACAGCCGCUACCAGACCCUGGAGCUGGAGAAGGAGUUCCUAUUUAAUCCCUAUCUGACUCGCAAGCGGAGGAUCGAGGUAUCGCAUGCGCUGGGACUGACAGAGAGACAGGUCAAAAUCUGGUUCCAGAACCGGAGGAUGAAGUGGAAAAAAGAGAACAACAAAGACAAGUUCCCUAGCAGCAAAUGCGAGCAGGAGGAGCUGGAGAAACAGAAGCUGGAGCGGGCCCCGGAGGCGGCGGACGAGGGCGAUGCGCAGAAGGGCGACAAGAAGUAG